AUGUCUCGAAGAGAUGUGGGAAGAGUGGUAAUGGAUGUUGCGUUUUUCGCUGCAUCUCAAGUAGCAUUGUAUUACGCACUUCGAUAUGUAUUAUCAUCGAUAGAUGGAUCACCUGGAUCUUCAUCGUCAAGUAAGAAGGCAAAAGCGAAAGGCAAAGCCUUAUUAUCUGAAACAGGUUUAAGUGAGAAACAACUCGCCGAAUUGGAAUUAGAUGAAUAUGAAUCCACAAUAGCUGGAGAAAUAGUACCACCUUCAAAAAUAGAUGUCACAUUCGACUCAAUAGGUGGAUUAGAUGAUAUCAUAUCGAAUUUAAGAGAAACCGUUAUUUAUCCUCUGACUUUCCCGGAAUUGUUUGCUAGUGGGGGUGGAUUGUUAUCUGCUCCAAAAGGUGUUUUGUUAUAUGGACAUCCAGGGUGUGGAAAAACAAUGCUAGCUAAAGCUUUAGCGAAAGAAAGCGGUGCUACCUUUAUCAAUUUACCUUUAUCAAGUUUGACGAAUAAAUGGUUCGGUGAAUCAAAUAAGCUCGUAGCAGGCUUGUUCUCAUUAGCUAAGAAAGUACAACCUAGUAUUAUCUUCAUCGAUGAGAUUGAUUCACUGUUCAGGGAGAGGUCAUCAGGAGAUCACGAGGUGACAGCCAUGAUGAAAGCCGAAUUCAUGACACUAUGGGACGGCUUGACAUCAGGCGAAGAAACGAGAAUACUGGUUCUUGGAGCUACAAAUAGACCAAACGAUAUCGAUCCAGCAAUUCUGAGACGAAUGCCCAAACGGUUCCCCAUCAGAUUACCAAAUUACGAGCAACGAGUAAAGAUACUGACUUUGAUGCUGGCUCACACCAUACUGGAAUCACCAUUCAUCUCUCAAUUGGCUCGUAAGACAGAUGGAUUAUCAGGUUCAGACUUGAGAGAGACAUGUAGAAAUGCAGCCAUGGUCCCAGUACGAGAAGUCAUGAGAGAUAAGGGCAAAGCUGGUAAGGAAGGAUUAGAACAAGCUAGAAAAGAAGGAUUCAAACUGCGUCCAUUAAGAUUAGAUGAUUUCAAUAUCAAUGAUUCACAUGCUUAUGCGCAUGUUGAACCUAGCCGGAAGCAACCUGUAGGAGCAUUUGCAGAACCUCUUGAUUAG